AUGGGAGAAUCCAACAUCAGCCAGCUGGCUGCAGUGUACGCUGAGACCCCUGCCCACGUGCUGGGAGGAAGCGAGCUGGACCCGUUUACGGAUAACUACGACACAGACUAUGGUAUUCCCGACAACGAGAUUCCCGACACUACGCAGGGCACAGCCUUCUUCGUUGCCACCAUCGUCAUCGCCAUGGUGCUCAUCUGCAUUAUGCUCGUCUGCGGUGUUGGCAACUUCCUGUUUAUCGCUACUUUGGCCCGGUACAAGAAGCUACGUAACCUCACUAACCUGCUCAUAGCUAAUCUGGCUAUAUCAGACUUCAUAGUGUCAGUGGUGUGCUGUCCGUUCCUGGUGGAUUACUAUGUGGUGAAGCAGUUGUCCUGGGACUAUGGCCUGGUGCUGUGUGCCUCUGUCAACUACAUCAGGACUGUGUCUCUCUACGUGUCCACUAACGCACUGCUGGCUAUCGCUGCAGACAGGUACAUGGCCAUUGUCCAUCCUCUGAGGCCUCGUAUGAAGUACCAGACGGCCUAUUGUCUGAUCACUGGUGUCUGGGUUGUACCAAUCCUCAUCUCCAUCCCUUCUGCCUACUUUGCCUCCGAGACCAUGUACCCUCAUGGCGGUGCCAGCACCUCUCAGAACACCCACAAGACCUUCUGUGCCCAGAUCUGGCCUGUGGACCAGCAGGCCUACUACCGCUCCUACUUCCUGUUUAUAUUUGCCCUGGAGUUCCUUUGGCCCGUUUUUGUCAUGGCGAUAUGUUACGCACGGAUCUCCCGUGAGCUCUGGUUCAAGAGUGUCCCGGGCUUCCAGACGGAGCAGAUCCGGAAGAGAUUGCGUUGUCGGCGGAAGACAGUCAUGGUCCUGAUCGGGAUCCUGACAGCAUACAUUCUGUGCUGGGCACCAUAUUACGGCUUCACCAUCCUACGAGACUUCCACCCGACGAUCAUCUCCCGCCAGAGGAACUCCCUGGUGGCCUUCUACAUUAUUGAGUGCAUCGCCAUGAGCAACAGCAUGAUAAACACCUUCUGCUUUGUCAGUGUCAAGAACAACACAGUCAAGUACCUGAAAAGGAUUGUGCUGCUGCGCUGGAGGUCCACCUACGCUCCCAGUAAGACUGUGGACGAGACAGAUAUCCGGACGUCCUCCAUGCCGUUGACCGAGGAGGUCGAAUGCAUUCGCCUGAGAUAAACGAGGAGACGCCAUUUUGAAACAUUCAGAUAUUGUGAUUAUGUCAAGGGGAGAUGUCUUUGUUGGUGUUUUGGCAAAACAGAAACCUUUACAGAAAUGACAGAAACUAUUGUUAAUAUUGUUUUAUGACAUCCUCACACCAUCUCAGUGAUCACAUACACAAUACUGUUGAAAAGGGAUAUUUCAAUUCCUGUUUUGGCAGCAUUCAGUGAACACACGAGUCGGCCAGCUGCUCUUAACAAACAUUUAUUUAAUUUCAAAUGUAAGAAAAAAAACGGUCUUCUCCUUUAUUCUGCCCAAAAUUGCAGUAAUUAAUCUACUGAUCAAAUAGCCUACAAGCCAUCAGUGCAU